AUGAUCCUCGUGUUCCACAUCACGGAUAGUGCUGGUCACAUGCACCGUUUUUCGGCUGUCUGCGGACCCGCCACGACCGCCGUCGGCGCCAUCAACAAGCUUCGCUCCAUGCUUUCCAUUCCUACAGAGGUGGAUGUAAAGUUGCAUCUCACCAAUGAUGUCCCUAUUCGCCACCUAACAGCACCCUUGACAAGCCUGCGGAAGCAGCACAGUGGCAGCGCGCAGGCCGUGUGCAUGCCGCUGUGGGCCGUGCUGAGUGGUCCGGAAGCCACCAUCAAGGAAAUCGACUUCAGUCCCGCUGAUGUCACAGAUCAGAACGACGAGGAGAAAGAGAACAAGGGGGAAGAGGCCUCGAGGAGCCUUUCACACACGUCCCCGCGACCGUGCAGCAGCACGAUGGAGAGGACCACCAAUGGCAGCCAGUCCACGCAUAUUGUCUUUUCAGCACCUCCGCCAAAAAUGCCACCUGUCCCCGUGCAAGCAAAGAUGCCGGCAGCCGCCGCCAGUCCUCGACCAUAUCACAAGAUAACGACCCGCGUGCACGAGGCGCCAGAAACGACGGACGACGGGAAGAUUGACCCACUAGAAACCGGCGAUGCACAGAAGAAUGUCUUCUCUACAUCUAACCUUGCCACCACCUCAAGUGCAGCAGGACCGUCGCUCGUAAUAAAGCGUCGCAGCAUUUGUGAGGCGACUGCGUCCGUGGCUCAGAUGCAUUUCUCUUCCCGCGGGCCGGUGCGUCGUCCGUCACGGGGAGUCGCUCCUCCGUCGCCGGACAUGCCACAGACGGCUCGCACCGCGCCGAGGCAGCUAGCUGUUAGCGGUUUGGACAGCUAUGCCGGCGCUGACCCAGCCGAUAGGGCUGGGGGACUCUACAAGACCGGCUACGCUCGCCGUGACACCGUCGUCGGGCACAUUAUGCUGCGUGAGUAUCCAAAAGUGAUCUCCCGCGAUCCAAAACAAAUCGUGCUGGCUGUCAAGGACGAUGAGCGGUUGGCGUCGCGGACGCACAAUCGAGACUUUUUCUGUGCGUCCGACAUUGACGGCGUCGAUGACACAACCUAUGCACAGUGCCUCUCCAUCGGCCUUAUCCACGGACAGAAACUCGGCGCCAGCACCUCUCCUGCCGAAUCUCGGCUGGCCCUCUAUGGCGAACUAGGCACGCUUCGGCAUAGCUGCUGGCCAAACGCGGCCGUCCAGUACGAUCUCUCUACUGCACCGUACCCUGGCAUCUGCCGCUGCGCCCGGUUGGAGGGCAUUCGCCGCGGAGAGGAGAUCACGUAUCUCUACAAGCACGCCGACUCCCUCGCCUUCCUACUGCUUUCUCGUGAAAGACGCCGCAACAUCCUCGAACGGAAGUACUUCCUGGACUGUGACUGUUGUCGCUGCACUGAGACGCUGGAGAACACUGCUUCUACCACCGUCACCGGCUCUACCACUGCUGCCGCUGGAGCUGCCUCGGUAUGCACCCCAAAUGAAAAAGGAAGCGCGCCCAAUGUGAGGCCGGAGAAAAGCGCGACGAGGACCAAGGCGCAGCUGGAAGCGGAGUUGACCUUGACCGUGGCGUUCUUCACCGACUCGGGCGUCGAUCGGGAUGCUGUGAAACAGAGGGAACUGAGGGAGGAAAUGCACAAGGACUUCGAGUCUCUCCAGAUCAUGGAUGACACCGGCGUGGAGAUCAAUCUGACCCUUGUCGGCAACAUCCCUCCCAUUCAUCGAAUGAACCAGUGCAACCGUCUUCUCGCAUUCUUGCGCAAGUACGGCAGCUCAGAGUCCGUUCUGCGCCUUCAUGAUCACCACUGGCGGCUGAAUCUUGUGCGUGCGGCCUACGUACAAGAGACGGUGCGACUUUGCGCCGUGAAAGGCGCCACGCCAGAUGCGCGGCAACGGGACCCGAACAGCAAGACACUCUUCGUCCCCACCAAGACGGUCUACGACAUCUCUCUGAAGCAGCUCGCUGCGGAGGCACUCUUCAUCCCUCCUGGACACCCCCAGAGCCUCACCACGUACGAGUCCUACCUCUACCUCCUCGCGAUUCUUCCCCCGGCGAUUGCACAGACGGCGGCGUAUUCCGCGCAGAGUGAGUCGAACAUCAAAUGGAAGCAGCUACAGGAAACAAAAGAGGUGUGGGGCGUCCUGAAACGCGCCGCGCUGCCGCCGAACAUUCACAGGCUUGUGCAGCCUAAGAUACCGGGGCAGCUGCCUUCGCCGCAAGAGUGGGCAUCACCACCAGCACCGGAACCACUUGUACUGGUUGAGCAGGAGUCAGUGCUGCAGGAGACCUCCAUGAAGGCGCUACAAGUGCCGCCCAAGUGA